GCAGGGUACUGUAGAGGUGGCUACUGAGAGUAAAUACCUGGCACCUCCAGCUGCCGGCUGAGGAGACAGAUGGAGCUCAAGCUGGGAGACGUGCCUUGAGAGCCAUUGGCAGAAACAAGUCCAGACCCCAGAUGUUGGUGCUGUAUGCUUCGCGUGUUCCUGGUAGCGAGGCCCCUGAGGAGCAGAAGUCGGUGAUCACAGGAAACCGAUACACCUGUGAAGCCUCCUGUCAGAGGUGCCAGCAGUUUCCUUGUCAGAAGUGGACAGGCCUGUGCUGAGACAAGAGUGUUGCUCAGGAAGGAGGCGGAAGUCACCAUGCCGCAGCAGCUCCUGAUCACGCUGCCCACCGAGGCCAGCACCUGGGUGAAGUUGCACCAUCCAAAGAAGGCCAAGGAUGGGGCGCCCCGGUGGGAGGAUGUGACUAAAAUGUUUAAAGGAGGAGCUCUGCUAUCUCAGGUUGCCGAUGUGACCCAGGGAGAGAGUUUAGAAGAUGAAGUGACCCCUGGGCCCUUGACAGCAGAAUCCCAGGAACUGUUGACCUUCAAGGACAUAUCUGUGGACUUCACCCAGGAGGAGUGGGGGCAGCUGGGCCCUGCUCACCGAAAUCUGUACCGGGAGGUGAUGCUGGAGAACUAUGGGAACCUGGUCUCAGUGGGAUAUCAGCUUUCCAAACCUGGUGUGAUUUCCCAGUUGGAGAAAGGAGAAGAACCAUGGCUGAUGGAGAGAGAGAUUUCAGGAUGUCCAGGUUCAGACUUGGAGAGUAAAACAGAAACCAAUGAGUCAACCUUAAAGAAUGACAUCUCAUGGGAAGAAUUACACCAGGGUCUGAUGAUGGAAAGGUCUACUAGAGGAAGCACCUUGUAUUCCACGUUGGGAAGAGUCUCCAAAUGUGAUAAUUUAGAAAGCCAGCCAGAAAACCAAGAAAUGGGUGAGGGGCAAAUCUCCUUGAUCUGCAAGAAAAUGCUUGCUCAGGAGAGAGGCCAACAAUCUAACAGAUGUGAGAAAAGAAUUAAUGUGAAUUCAAAAGUUAUGCCAGGACCAGUAAAUCUUUCAAGAAAACAAGACCAUAAAUAUGACACAUCUGGAAAAAGAAGCAGAUACAAUUUAGAUUUAAUUAAUAAUUCAAGGAGUUAUACGAAGAUGAAAACUUUUGAAUGUAAUAUUUGUGAAAAAAUCUUCAAACAGCUGAUUCACCUUACUGAACACAUGAGAAUUCACACUGGAGAGAAACCUUUCAGAUGUAAGGAAUGUGGAAAAGCCUUUAGCCAAAGUUCAUCCCUUAUUCCACAUCAGAGAAUCCAUACUGGUGAGAAACCCUAUGAAUGUAAGGAAUGUGGAAAAACCUUCAGACAUCCUUCAUCCCUUACUCAACAUGUUAGAAUUCAUACUGGGGAGAAGCCCUAUGAAUGUGGAGUAUGUGAGAAAGCCUUCAGCCAGAGCAUUGGACUGAUCCAGCAUCUGAGAACUCAUGUUAGAGAGAAACCUUUUACAUGCAAAGACUGUGGAAAAGCAUUUUUCCAGAUUAGACACCUUAGGCAGCAUGAGAUUAUUCAUACGGGUGUGAAACCCUAUAUUUGUAAUGUAUGCAGUAAAACCUUCAGCCACAGCACAUACCUAACCCAACACCAGAGAAUUCAUACAGGAGAAAGACCAUAUAAAUGUAAGGAAUGUGGGAAAGCCUUUAGCCAGAGAAUACAUCUUUCUAUCCAUCAGAGAGUCCAUACUGGAGUGAAACCUUAUGAAUGCAGUCAUUGUGGGAAAGCCUUUAGGCAUGAUUCAUCCUUUGCUAAACAUCAGAGAAUUCAUACUGGAGAAAAACCUUAUGAUUGUAAUGAAUGUGGAAAAGCCUUCAGCUGUAGUUCAUCACUUAUUAGACACUGCAAAACACAUUUAAGAAAUACCUUCAGCAAUGGUAUGUGAAAUAUACUCAACAGCAAAGACUAUAUUGGAGCCAAAGUCUCUAAAUCAUGGGUUCCCUGACUUUUGGAUUUCAGGAAUCAAUAAUUUUUAAAAACGGUUUGGCACAA